GGGAAUAAAAUAGCACCGGAACCAAUGAACUAGGGUCCAUGACAAACGUUGUAAGUUGUAACCAUGGGGAACCAGGUAAACGAGGAGAGAGAAACAUCUAUCCAUCUGUCCAAGCGUCAACGCCUCUAAUCUCUUCUCUGCGUCCCAGGGUAUCUUCUGAAUCUCUCUUCAUUUUCUAGAGAGAGAGAAUUCUUGUGUGGAUUUUCUUGCAAUUAAGUGAUUGAAACUACGAUUUAAAUAAAAAAUACCCGAUUAUGGAAGAAGAUAUAUUUUCCAGCAUUGCAAACGGCUCGCAAGUCGACAGCAAAGUUGUUCAGACAUUCCAGAAGAAUUUCGUGCAGGUCCAGAACAUUCUAGACCAGAACAGGCUGCUAAUCACCGAGAUUAACCAGAAUCACGAGUCGAAAAUCCCGGAUAACUUAACUCGAAACGUGGGAUUAAUCAGAGAGCUAAACAACAACAUUAGAAGAGUUGUUGAUCUGUACGGUGAUCUCUCCAGCAACUUCACCAAAUCGAUCGAGGCAUCUUCCGAGGGGGAAUCUGCCGCCACAAGUAAAUCUGACGGAAGAGGUGGAUUGAAGAGGAUCAGGUCCGGUAAUUGAUGCGAUUAAGAGUAAAAAAUCGAAUCCUUGAAGUGGUUUAAUCCGGAUUAUUAGUCGAUACACCUUACAUUUGUUUGUAGUCUUGUUUUUAGCUUAGAGCAUUCCUCUCUGUCUGAGAAUCUGUAAUUUGAACAUGUUCUUGAAAUCAAAUUGACUGUUCGUAUUUCGUUCGGACAACAUCUCGAGAAGUGGUGUCUGUAGCCUGUUGAUCGGCCUUCUC